AUGUAUCCACUAUUUCGUCACAGAGUCCUUAUUACUAUUCUUCUUGGUAUAAUAUUCCUUUUCACAUUCUGGCCAACUAACAAACAAUUAAACAGGCCAUUAUAUGUUACUUCUCCAAUAAAUAAAGGUGCAAAAACUAACACCGAACCAGGUCCAAAUAUUGAUGCCAUUAGGUCCACAAUAAUAACUGAUGUAUCUGGUAAUCAAAAGGAAUAUCUAAACUCUAAAGGAUAUAUUACUUUUCUUAGUAUCUUUAAAAAGCAACAUCAAGCAAUGCUCAAAAAUCUUAUCAGGAGUGCAGAUAUUGCCGUAGCAAAUACAAGUGUUUAUUCUGUCAUUUUGAAACCACAAUUACCGCCAUCUAAUGAUCCACAUGAUUAUAUGUCAUUAUCAAGAUAUUUCUGGCCUGAUCCAACGAAAUCUGACGGUUUACCAUACAUUAAUAAAGAUGGUUAUUCUAAUCCAGAAUUUUUUGCUGUUACGGAUUAUGUUUUAUUACGAAAGAUGUUUAAAGAUGUUCUGGAUAUGGGUUUUGCUUAUUUUUUUACAAGAAAUGAAACGUAUGUAAAAAAAUCUAUGUAUCGUAUAAAAGAAUGGUUUUUGGAUGAAAAAACAAAAAUGAAUCCAAAUCUUAAUUAUGCUGGAUUGAGAAAGGGUGAUGCUAUGGGAUUGCACACGGGUGUUUUAGAUUUUCAUCAAGUGUUCAGGUAA